GCCCGAUUAGUAGGCGUGUGUUUUGGCACGCGCGCUACCUUAAUAUAAUUCGUUCAGUCAGUCAAACGCAGAAAUGCAUAUGGUGUCUACGAGAAGAGCGUCAAGCAGGAGAAGAUGUCGCAUCCACCCUUCAUUUCUUCGUCGGCAGCUGCAGCGGCGGGAAACCUGGACUACUUUAGCGUUGCUUUUAGUUCUGGUCAACUCUGCUUCUCCAGAACGACAGAUAUGGAGCUACCCCAGGUCAAGUGACUGGUGGGACUUUGUCGUGCAGAGGACAUUCUCUGCACGUGACUGGAAAGAAAAUUUUAGAAUGUGUAGAGAGACGUUUUUGUAUUUGUGUGAGAAGUUGAGGCACGAGAUAGAACCUGAGGUGACACAUUUAAGAGCCUCUAUCUGCAUUGAGAAGCGAGUCGCAGUCACAGUCUGGUACUUGGCAACAAACGUGGAGUACCGUACAAUAUCCCACCUGUUUGGCAUUGGCAGAUCAACUGUCUGCUCCAUUGUUCACAGUACGUGUCGAGCUAUCGUUCAUUGUCUUAUGUCUGGUUACAUCACGUUUCCUACUGGAGAAAUGCUAACAGAUGUAGUAAAGGGAUUUUCCCAGUCCUUCAAUUUUCCCCAGUGUGCAGGAGCAAUUGAUGGAUGUCACAUUCCAGUUUCUCCACCAGCGCUCAAUCACACCGACUACUAUAACAGAAAGGGAUGGUACUCCGUGAUUUUACAGGCUGUUGUAGAUCAUAAAUAUCUGUUUCGGGAUAUAAAUGUUGGCUGGCCAGGGAGUGUGCACGAUGCAAGGGUCUUGGCCAAUUCCUCUAUAUUUCAGAACGCAGAAAGUGGAUUGAUAUUGAAUGAACAGCAGAAAGAAAUUGAAGGGUGCACCAUACCUGUGUUUCUUGUUGGUGAUUCUGCUUAUCCCCUGAAGAAUUGGCUCCUUAAACCGUUUCCACAUAAUGACCACCUGACUGACGAAAAGAAGAACUUUAACUAUCGAAUUUCAAAAGCUAGAAUAGUUGUGGAGAAUGCGUUUGGUCGCCUGAAAGCUCGAUGGAGGCGUUUAAUGAAAAAGAACGACAUGCAAAUUAGGCAUGUCCAGCAUGUUAUAGCUGCCUGCUGUGUCCUCCAUAAUGUGUGUGAAAUACAUGGGGAUUCAUUUGAUGAUGACUGGAUGGAAGAGACUGAUUUGCAACUUCAACAUGCUGAAACGCACACUGUCAGAGAUACUGUCAAUGAUCGUACAGCAGCAAUUCGAGAGACUCUAGUUUCACACUUGGCAAAUAGUUAAUUAAUUAAUUAGUGAAGUAGGUGUGAUGUGGUCUUCCAAUCUAUUUUCUCGAAUUUAACUUCACUGAACACUGUAACUUGAUUGAACUGUCUGUCUGUCUGUUUCUCUCGCUGUCCGUCUGUCUGUAUUUGAGGUCAAGAAUCUCAGUAAUAUCAUUAAUUAACAAAGAACAACUGAAAAGUCAGAUCUAUUCUUGUUGGGAAGGCCUGUAAGGACCACUGUCUUCCAGCAAUUUGGAAAAG